UGCCCGCCGGCGGGGUUGGGGCCGCGGGCUGCCCGCGCGCUGGCACGCGCGUGGCGGUACGUGCGCGCGGGCACGCGCGGACCCAGUCUCGGCCGAGCUCGGCUCGGCUCGGCCCGGCCCGGCCCGGCCCGGCCCGGCCCGGCAUCGGCGGCUCCUCAUCCCGCGCCUUGUUCCUGACGAGGGUGCGAAAGGCCCGUGAGCCGGAUCGCGGUCAGCUCUGCCGCCCUCUGGGAAGACCUUUCCUUUAGUGGAUCUGAAGGCGAAUUCUACCGGGGCUCUCUGUUCGGUAGCUAAAGUAGUUUGUGGUCGGACCGCUGCCGCUCAUUUCCUUUCAUGCAGCGAGCGAGUCACGUUCGCCCGAGCUUAUUUUCUGAGCGCUGUCAUCUCGUUGAUUUUCACGCUGUUUUCUCCGCGCUGCCUCUAGUGUAGUGAGUUAGUGGAUGGCUGAAAUUUGGCUCAACCAUUAAGUUGCUGAAAUGUUUUGCUCCUUGAGAACCGUGAGAAGGUUGUGUCUGGACAAGAUACUGGUGCAGUGCGUUCUUCAGUCAAGAACUUUGUCAGGUGCUGAUGCCAUCAAUGCUCUCAGACCUUUCUAUUUUGCUGUACAUCCAGAUUUCUUUGGCCAGCAUCCCAAAGAGAGGGAAGUAAAUGAAAACUCUCUGAAGAGGCUAAAUGGUUACUUGGAGAACCUACAGAAACCAGGAUUUCGUUCCUUUAAACCAACUCAGCUUACUUUUUAUGUAAGAGAAAGAGAACCAAAUUCUUCUAAUGUUCAGGAAUCCUUCAGUGCUUCAGGGUUUCGAGCAGUCAGUUUUACAUUACAUACUAGGGAUCUCCUGAGCACAGUAUUAGAUAUUCUCAACUCCUGCAGUUUAUCUACAGAGCAUGUUCAGAGUUUGAAUGUGAGCUCUCAGCCCCACAAGGAAGCAAAAAGCACAGUGAACAGACCUAUCAAAUGGGAUAAGACUUAUUAUUCAUUUACUGGAUUCAAGGAUCCUGAGGAGGAACUUGAGCAAGCCCAGAGAGUGGAAACAACUUUACUGUCCUGGCUAGAUUAUAAUGAAGCAAGUGCAGUAAAAAAGCUGAAAAAGAGUUUGCCGCUUAGAAAAGAAUUAGAACGUUUAAAAAUUGAACUUUCUCAUGAACUCCAGCUCUCAGAUAUCAGGUGGCAGAGGAGCUGGGGCAUUGCUCACCGCUGUAGCCAGCUACACAGUCUGGGUCGCUUGGUCCAGCAGCGACCUGAAGUAUUAGAGAAUGUUAAAGGACGCACGGUGGUAUUUACAGACCGCUCGGGUAUGAGUGCAGCAGGUCACAUAAUGCUGGGGACCAUGGAUGUUCACCAUCACUGGACCAAAAUUUUUGAGAGACUGCCAAAUUAUUAUAAGCUUCAAAAAAGGCUGCUGCUCUUGGAAGAUCGGAUAAGCCAACUCCUGGGAGGCAUCCAAGUAAUAUAUAUUGAAGAACUGCAACCUCUGUUGACUCUAGAAGAGUACUUUGAGCUUCUGAACUCUUUUUAUAAUAAACUACGUGACAGCCGACUACCUUUUCAUCCUCGCAGUCUGCGAGGCUUGCAAAUGAUUCUGGAAAGUGACAGAUAUGCACCAAGCUUACAUGAAUUUGGACACUUUAUGAUCCCAACGGUCUGUGAUCCAGCAGCUCUUCAAUGGUUUAUUUUUGCCAAAGCACAGGAAGCAAGAGAGAAUUUGAAAAGAAAAGAGGAGAUGAUGAUUACAGAGAAAGAGCUAAUCAAUACUUCCACGGAAAGAUUUUCUUUGGAUCGGUUGUAUAAGGAGCCCAGUGUUUCCAGUGCACAGAUGAUAGAUUGUUGUAAAAGGCUGCUGGAGGAAUCGUUGCCCUACCUGCAAGGCAUGCACCUUUGUGUUUCACAUUUCUACUCUGUGCUGCAGGAUGGAGACCUGUGUAUACCUUGGAACUGGAAAAACUGAGGGGUGUAUCUGAUAAUCAGAUGAAUUGUUUUAUUUUCUGUAAGAGGUUAUAAAUAUAAUUGUUUUUGAGAGUAAAUUAUUGAAAUCUGUAUUUUGAUAUCAGUAUUCAGUUCACAAAUUUUCUUCCAACUGCUGCUGAGAAAGGAUUGCAGUCCUAGACAAUUUGCACAAUGCACAGUAUUGAUAGUCCUGAGAAAGACAUCUGUACAUUAUCCAUACUACUGUAGGAGUCCCAGUUUAUGGUUACAGUUGUGAAACCGCAUUUUUGUAGUGAAUUCUGAAAAUACAUUAAAUUGCAAGUCUGCAAAAAUGUGCAUGUGUGUUUUUAAUGUACAUGAAUAUCGCCAGAUAGAUCAUCUUAAAUAAAGAGUUUACUACUCCAGCCUGACAUUACAUGGUAUCUUAAGGGGUUCAUUGAAUGCAAAAGUUAAGAAUAGAAGUUAUCUGGUAGCAAUGCUGGCAUUUCAUAUUGCUGCCUAUCCCUAAAUUAGAAAAAAACAAGGGAAAAAACAUUGGAAUAUUUCUCCUUUACAGAAGACAGCAGUACAUUAACUUGGAGUCUACAGCAGAAUUUUACAUGCUGGUCCAACACUGUUGCCUUAGAAUUCCAAAAUGUAUCAGUUAUACUUUAAAGUACUUCAAAGUUACUUUAAAGCAGAUGUCAUUUUCUUUGUUUUCCGGCAUUUGCUCCAUAAAUACCAACAAUCCUCUUUACUUACACUGUAGCAGGUUGCAAAUCCCAUACACAACAGUUAAACCCAGAGGAGUUUAAUGUGACAUCUAAGGAAAGGAAGCACUGAUUUGUGUGGGAUUGUCUGCAAGAGUAAAGUACUUCUCAGUAAGAACAAAAGGAGUUUGCAAUAUGGCAGAUGUGUGGAUCCUUAUUGGUACUUUAUUCCUUGAAAAAAAAUGAAAUAAAGUGUGAAUGCAUGUCAACGCUUUUUCAUUUUAAUAUAUGCCAAGAUGCAUAUUUAGAUUACUGCUUUGUAACAUAUCAUUUGAGAAAGACCAACUGCUUAACAUUUCUGGAUUUGGAUUUACCAUAACUGGCAAAAAGAAAAAGAAUUACUGAAUGCUUACCUGCCUUUUAUUUUUGUUCGUAAUGAAUGGGGAAAUUGGUGUGGUUCUCUGUUUUCUCCUGUUAGAAGACUCAGUAUCAAGUUGUUCAUUAAGAUGUCAAAGAAAAAAACCC